AUGGCGUCGACCUCCACCACACCGAUGAGACAGCGAGUCGAGGAGUACAUCUCAAAAUUGCAGGACGAGAUAGUGACCGCGCUCGAGAAAGUCGACCCGAAUGCGCCUCCAUUCAAGCGAGACUCCUGGGUGCGCGCGCAAGGAGGCCGCGGUCUCUCCUGCGUCUUCGCCGUCCCCCACCCCACCGUGUCCGAGGCGGCCGCCGCACUGCAGAACACCGUGCUCGAAAAAGGCGGCGUGAACAUCUCCAUCGUGCACGGCACCCUCCCGCCCGCCGCCGUGAAGCAGAUGCGCGCGGACCACGGCUCGAUGGAGGGCCUCACCGGCAACCUCCCCUUUUUCGCCGCGGGCAUCAGCCUCGUCAUCCAUCCCCGCAACCCGCACUCGCCCACCGUGCACGCCAACUAUCGAUACUUCGAGAUCACCGAGCCCUCCGCGGAGAGCCCCGAGGAGGAGCACGCACAAGGCAAGGUCGUCGCCUGGUGGUUCGGCGGCGGCUCUGACCUCACCCCGUCCUAUUUGUACGAGGAGGACGCCCUGCACUGGCACAAGACGCUCAAGGAUGCCUGUGCGUCGCACGGCACGGUGGUGUACCCGACGUUCAAGAAGUGGUGCGACGAGUAUUUCUUCAUCAAGCACCGCGGUGAGGCGCGCGGUAUUGGCGGCAUGUUCUUUGACGACGUCUGCGACGAGCCGCACAAGCGCUUCCUCGCCGAGGGCUCUGAUGCUGAUAGUCAGCGCCCCCGUACACCGGACGACAUAUUUGCGAUGAUCAAGAGCCUCGGCGAUGCGUUUGUCCCCUCGUUCGUCCCCAUCCUCGAACGCCGCAUGAAGACCCCAUACGACGACCGGCAGAGGCGAUGGCAGCUCCUGCGGCGGGGACGUUACGUCGAGUUCAAUCUGGUAUAUGAUAGGGGGACGCUUUUCGGGAUGCUCACUCCUGGCGCACGGAUCGAGAGCGUCCUCAUGAGUUUGCCGGAGACGGCGAGAUGGGAGUACAUGAGCGAUCUGGGAACUGAUGGAGACGCCAGCGAGGAAGGAAAGCUCGUCGAGGUGCUCAAAACCCCGCGAGAGUGGGUAUGA